UUCGAGCAAUUUAUGAUUCCCAAAAUAACAACCCAAAAAGGCGGACAAUUAUGUACACUGGUACUUCGUCUAGAAAAAGCAGAGCUUUAGGCACACCAUCAAAUCCUUUCCCUUGCAGUCAUGAAGUAAUGAAGCCUCCAGUUUCUGUUGUAGACGUUAUACCCCAAAAUAUCAAUGCCGCUGCCGAACUUGCUGCAGAAAUAAAAAAAAUCCAAGAAUCGCAAGUGAAGAUUUCUCAAUGGCAGCAAAGAAGAAUGAAGGCUGAAAUUUCUUGGGAAGAAAGUCGGUCAGUUCUAUUUGAGUGGGAGGUGUGUAGGCACGCUGUUCCAGUUGAAGACACCAAAUGCUUCAAAUGUAGGAUUGAAGCCAGCAUCAAAUGUGAAGAUUGUCAUCGCCUAUUCUGCAACCACUGUGAUAUGAAAAAACAUUUUUUAAACCCAUUCCAUGAUAGGUUUUCCUGGGCCAGUGGAUAUUAUGAAGCAUUACCACCAACUGUGACUGUUGACCUUAUUGGGACAUUUACUGACUGGCGUAUGACCUUUAUCUGCCCAUAUUUGAGUGUCAAGAGUGUGGAUACAGCCUUCCUGCAGAUGCUAAGAUGUUGUAUGAUGGUGGAUACUUCUGCUCAUCAGCCAGGAAAAGUAACACAUUCUUCAGCACCAAACUCCUGAACAACUGGCAUUUCCUUAAAAGGAACAGUCCAGGUUUAUCAAUGAAAUCCUUGUUAAUAGCGCUCCAAGCGCUUGGCUCUCAUAAU